AUGGCCACCGCACACCCCAAUCUCUACAGCUUCCCCAACUCCGACGCUCUAGCUACACAAUUGCGCAGCUACGUCCUCCGCUCCCAAAACUCGUCGCUGGCCCGCCACGACAUCUUCCGCAUCGCUGUCUCCGGUGGUUCCCUGCCAGCUGUCCUAGCCAAAGCCCUCCUCGCCCCCAGCAAUGGCACCCCGGAAGAUACCCCUCAAUUUUCCAAGUGGCACAUCUUCUUUGCCGACGAGCGCGCCGUACCACUUGACCACGAAGACAGCAACUACCGUCUGCUGAAGGAUGAGCUCGUCGCCAAGAUCCCCGCCGAGCUCGGCUCGCCCGUUAUCCACCCCAUCGACGAGAAGCACGUCGAAGAUGACGAUCCCCAGGAACUCGCCGAUCUCUACCAAGAGGAUUUGAUGCGCGAGUUUGCCGCCAAGGAUAGCGUUAAGCUGCCCGUCUUCGAUCUCAUCCUUCUGGGCUGUGGUCCCGACGGCCACACUUGCUCUCUGUUCCCUGGCCACGAUUUGCUCCGCGAAAAGGACGCUUGGGUUGCUGCUGAGACAAACUCCCCCAAGCUUCCUCCCAAGCGUAUUACUCUCACUCUGCCCGUCGUUACCCACGCUGUCAGCAUUGCCUUUGUGGCAACUGGCGGAGGCAAGAAGGAGAUUCUCAAGCAGAUCUUUGAUCUCGAGGAGGGCUCCAGUCUUCCUUCUGCUCUGGUGAACCAGGGUGCUGGUAACAAGGUGAGCUGGUUCACCGAUCAUCCAGCAGUCGAGGGUGUUGCAUUCCCUCGUCGUGGAAGUCUUUAA